ACAGUAGACAGGCGAUAGUAGACCUCCAUAUUUACAAUCCAAUGAUAAAGAUUCCAGGCCUAUUUAUAUAAAUACUAUAACACAUUGGCUAGUGUCAAGAUCUUGCUAAUUAUUUUGUGCAAUAUGAACGCUUUAUUGCAUUGCAGAAGAAGGAAUGAUCAGUAAGGUUAUACUAAGUUUCGUUUUCGAUUCACUCACCAGCUUCCUUCUCAACACAUCAUUUCCUCGUCUGAGUCCCGAACCAUAUGGAAAGAAUAUAACUGUGUAUAACGGGUUGAAGAAAUGACGGAAUCGACAAUAACUAAACUUAUUUGUGCUAAUCGUGGAUCAAUGAACGUCGAUGAAUUAGAUGCAAUUUUUUACAGUGACUUGCAAGUCUCGGUGCGGGAUGUAAUUACGAAUAGAGCGAAAUUUUGUUUUGUUGUUUUUAACGGAGAGCAAAGGGUGGUAGCCAAGACUGGAGUUCGAUUGUGCAAAUCCAAAGAUUGCCAGGGAUGCCGAAAUUUACAUUUUUGUAAACGAUUCAUGCUUGGGGAUUGCCCAUUCAGACGGAGAAGAGGAGGAUGUCGCUUCAACCAUGACAUGACCUCGGGGGAGAACAGCAGAAUCCUGAAAGAACACGGACUGGAGGAACUGAACAGAUCUGAGCUGUGCACCCUGCUGCUUCAGAAUGAUGGCUUCCUCUUACCACCAGUGUGCCACAACUACAACAACGGCGUUGGAGAGUAUGGCAAAUGCCUGGAUGGCGAGACAUGCAAGAGGCUCCACAUCUGUGAGAUGUAUCUCAGGGGUAGCUGCAACUGUCCCAGGUGCCAUGAUUUCUACGAACCCCACCCAUUAAAAAUCCUGCAGGACAGAGGGGUGCCCAACGAGCUCAUUGCCUCCCUGAAGUCGGUGUACAUGAACAUCGAGUGGUUGCAAAAGCAAGACCGUGUCAUGCAAGGCAAGGGGCAACAUCAAAGAGCUAAAGCUAAUGCAACCGCUAACACAAGUAACAAGUCUAACAGAGGCCCUCUGAGCACUCACGAGGGUGCUGCAGAAACUCCAGCACCCCUAUUUCCCGCUCCUAUGCUCGCCAGACUCAGGGCGCUCCACCUCCAAGAGGUUGAGCAUGAUACUGCUACUCCUGCGGCUGCUGCCACCGCUGCCCUUAACACAAGCCAGAGGUCCAACAGACCUAGUCAAGAUAAAGCUGAAAUAUGCAUGUACUUCAUCAAGGGCAGUUGCAUGCACGGUGAUAAGUGCUUUAAAGCCCACUCUACCAUGCCCUACCAAUGGGAGGUGAGGGAGGGACUAAACUGGACAGCUCUACAAAACAACGAGGUGAUUGAGAAGGACUAUUGCGACCCAGCAAAGACAUACAGUCGGGGAGUCCAGCCUGUGUGUUUCGAUACGAUGACCUGCGGCCUGAACAAAGCCCGGCGUCUCUCCACCAUCUCCUCUGUGCUACAGCCUACCUUCAUCCUCACCACAGAGUGGUCCUGGUUCUGGGAGGACGAGUUUGGAAACUGGAUCCAGUACGCAUCAGCAAUCAGUGGACACAGGGCAGCUACCAUCACCAGUGAAGACCUGGAGAAGAGGUUCCAGGAAGACAACAAGGCUGUGAUAGAGUUCACUGCGGGGUCACAGACCUAUGAAUUCAGUUUCCCUGACAUGAUUCAAACAAACAAGCAGUACACCACCAAGAAGGUUGUGAGAAGACGGCCUGUGUUUGUCUCUUCAGCUGAUGCACAAACUAUCAAAACCAGAAAAAGGGCUCCGAUCAAUCACUCAAAUUUCAGAGCUUUACCAGGACACUGGGACAAGGCACAAACCCCUGAAACAGGAUACAAGAGAAUUGACCUUCCAUGCUCGUCAGUGGAGUUUAAGGAGAUUCAAGGACUUUUUCAGAACACCAUGAGAGGCUUCAGCAUCCGCCAAAUCGAGAGGAUUCAGAACAAAGCCCUUUGGGAAGUCUUUCAGUGGCAAAGGGAUCUCAUGAAGAAGAACAACAGAGGGAGGAAUGUAACGGAGAAACAGCUUUUCCAUGGCACAGACUCCAAAUACCUCGAUGCCAUCUGCCUUAACAACUUUGACUGGCGGAUCUGUGGACUAAAUGGAACAACCUAUGGGAAAGGGAGUUACUUUGCCAGGGAUGCCAAAUACUCCAACAGCUACACUGGCCAAUCAAAUUCGAGGUCCAUGUUUGUCUGUCGUGUGUUGUCGGGAGAUUACAUCAAAGGACACUCGAGCUUCCUCCGGCCCCCCUCAAAGGAUGGAGGGGACACCAUCUUCUACGACAGCUGUGUGGAUGACGUCAGCAACCCCUCCAUCUUUGUGGUGUUUGAGAAGCACCAGGUGUACCCAGAGUACCUCAUCCAUUAUGGUGAGGACGAUGCAUGGACACAAGGAUACCAGCAAUACUACCGUCCAGCUCCUGUACCUGCUCCAGCACCAGCAUACAGACCAGCGGCUGCCACAAUGCCUAGACCAGCACCAGCAUACAGACCAGCGGCUGCCCCAGUGCCUAGACCAGCACCAGCAUACAGACCAGCGCCUAGACCUGCACCAACAUACACACCAUCACCAACCCCUGCACCUAAACCUGACAACUCCUGUGUCAUUAGUUGAGGCUGACUGCGAGGGGUGAAUUGUGAACCUUUUGAUAUUAAACCGAGGCAAAAACAUAUGCUUUUGUGAAUUAGAGAAAUUGAUUUAGCACUCUGUUAAAUGUUUGACAAAUUACAGAUACCCUUGGGAUGCACCUUACUAUGAUUACUAGAUGUUCUGUUUUCUACAAUGCAAGCAUUUUUGUAGUGCUACUGACAUUAUAUAACGGCAAAUUGCGAACCUCACAACAAAAGUAGUUGUGUACAUUAUAAGCUUUAUACCUUUACAGUACAGUGGUUUUACAGUAUCUGCUGAUGUGCAUCAGUUCAAUGGUUGUGCAAUUAUGGGUUUCAUUCAUUUUAUUAAUAUAAUCCAUCUGUUUUCUUUGCAUUAUUCAUGUUACUGAGGGAGGGAGGGAGGGAAAUGCAGAAUGUUUACAUUCUGUCAGAACAUGUUAUGGUUAGACAUCAGAUAUCCUAUGGAAAGGAGAAAGGCCACAGUCUGGUACAAGUCAACAAGACAGCCAUGAGUUGGGGAGGAGUUGGGGAGGAGUGAGGAAUUUGGGCUGAGGUCAGGUCAGAUGAAGUGAGAAAGAACAGAAAUCACUAAAGUCCUGUCUAGCAACGGAGAUCUAUUGGCUGUCCAGAUGUGUAAGGACGAGACUCAGCAUAGCAGGAAGGUUUAAAUACCAGUGCUUGUGUAAAUAUGUCUUUGUCUUUCAGUUGUUUGACCCAUUGGGUGAAUAAACUUGAUAUGAGCUUUACUAGUCGUC